CUGAUAGACUUCUGCCUCCUACUUCUCCUUUUCUGCCCUUCUUUGCUUUGGUGGCUUCCUUGUGGUUCCUCAGUGGUGCCUGCAACCCCUGGUUCACCUCCUUCCAGGUUCUGGCUCCUUCCAGCCAUGGCUCUCAGAGUCCUUCUGUUAACAGCCUUGACCUUAUGUCAUGGGUUCAACUUGGACACUGAAAACGCAAUGACCUUCCAAGAGAAUGCAAGGGGCUUCGGGCAGACCGUGGUCCAGCUUCAGGGAUCCAGGGUGGUGGUUGGAGCCCCCCAGGAGAUAGUGGCUGCCAACCAAAGGGGCAGCCUCUACCAGUGCGACUACAGCACAGGCUCAUGCGAGCCCAUCCGCCUGCAGGUCCCCGUGGAGGCCGUGAACAUGUCCCUGGGCCUGUCCCUGGCAGCCACCACCAGCCCCCCCCAGCUGCUGGCCUGUGGUCCCACCGUGCACCAGACUUGCAGUGAGAAUACGUAUGUGAAAGGGCUCUGUUUCCUGUUUGGAUCCAACCUACGGCAGCAGCCCCAGAAGUUCCCAGAGGCCCUCCGAGGGUGUCCUCAAGAGGAUAGUGACAUUGCCUUCUUGAUUGAUGGCUCUGGUAGCAUCAACCCAUAUGACUUUCGGCGGAUGAAGGAGUUUGUCUCAACUGUGAUGGAGCAAUUAAAAAAGUCCAAAACCUUGUUCUCUUUGAUGCAGUACUCUGAAGAAUUCCGGAUUCACUUUACCUUCAAAGAGUUCCAGAACAACCCUAACCCGAGAUCACUGGUGAAGCCAAUAACGCAGCUGCUUGGGCGGACACACACGGCCACGGGCAUCCGCAAAGUGGUACGAGAGCUGUUUAACAUCACCAACGGAGCCCGAAAGAAUGCCUUUAAGAUCCUAGUUGUCAUCACAGAUGGAGAAAAGUUUGGCGAUCCCUUGGGAUAUGAGGACGUCAUCCCUGAGGCAGACAGAGAGGGAGUCAUUCGCUAUGUCAUUGGGGUGGGAGAUGCCUUCCACAGUGAGAAAUCCCGCCAAGAGCUUAAUACCAUCGCAUCCAAGCCACCUCGUGAUCACGUGUUCCAGGUGAAUAACUUCGAGGCUCUGAAGACCAUUCAAAACCAGCUUCGGGAGAAGAUCUUUGCGAUCGAGGGUACUCAGACAGGAAGUGGCAGCUCCUUUGAGCAUGAGAUGUCUCAGGAAGGCUUCAGCGCUGCCAUCACCUCUAAUGGCCCCUUGCUGAGCACUGUGGGGAGCUAUGACUGGGCUGGUGGAGUCUUUCUAUAUACAUCAAAGGAGAAAAGCACCUUCAUCAACAUGACCAGAGUGGAUUCAGACAUGAAUGAUGCUUACUUGGGUUAUGCUGCCGCCAUCAUCUUACGGAACCGGGUGCAAAGCCUGGUUCUGGGGGCACCUCGAUAUCAGCACAUCGGCCUGGUAGCGAUGUUCAGGCAGAACACUGGCAUGUGGGAGUCCAACGCUAAUGUCAAGGGCACCCAGAUCGGCGCCUACUUCGGGGCCUCCCUCUGCUCCGUGGACGUGGACAGCAAUGGCAGCACCGACCUGGUCCUCAUCGGGGCCCCCCAUUACUACGAGCAGACCCGAGGGGGCCAGGUGUCCGUGUGCCCCUUGCCCAGGGGGAGGGCUCGGUGGCAGUGUGAUGCUGUUCUCUACGGGGAGCAGGGCCAACCCUGGGGCCGCUUUGGGGCAGCCCUAACAGUGCUGGGGGACGUAAAUGGGGACAAGCUGACGGACGUGGCCAUUGGGGCCCCAGGAGAGGAGGACAACCGGGGUGCUGUUUACCUGUUUCACGGAACCUCAGGAAUUGGCAUCAGCCCCUCCCAUAGCCAGCGGAUAGCAGGCUCCAAGCUCUCUCCCAGGCUCCAGUAUUUUGGUCAGUCACUGAGUGGGGGCCAGGACCUCACAAUGGAUGGACUGGUAGACCUGACUGUAGGAGCCCAGGGGCACGUGCUGCUGCUCAGGUCCCAGCCAGUACUGAGAGUCAAGGCAAUCAUGGAGUUCAAUCCCAGGGAAGUGGCAAGGAAUGUAUUUGAGUGUAAUGAUCAGGUGGUGAAAGGCAAGGAAGCCGGAGAGGUCAGAGUCUGCCUCCAUGUCCAGAAGAGCACACGGGAUCGGCUAAGAGAAGGACAGAUCCAGAGUGUUGUGACUUAUGACCUGGCUCUGGACUCCGGCCGCCCACGUUCCCGCGCCGUCUUCAAUGAGACAAAGAACAGCACACGCAGACAGACACAGGUCUUGGGGCUGACCCAGACUUGUGAGACCCUGAAACUACAGUUGCCGAAUUGCAUCGAGGACCCAGUGAGCCCCAUUGUGCUGCGCCUGAACUUCUCUCUGGUGGGAACGCCAUUGUCUGCUUUCGGGAACCUCCGGCCAGUGCUGGCGGAGGAUGCUCAGAGACUCUUCACAGCCUUGUUUCCCUUUGAGAAGAAUUGUGGCAAUGACAACAUCUGCCAGGAUGACCUCAGCAUCACCUUCAGUUUCAUGAGCCUGGACUGCCUCGUGGUGGGUGGGCCCCGGGAGUUCAACGUGACAAUGACUGUGAGAAAUGAUGGUGAGGACUCCUACAGGACACAGGUCACCUUCUUCUUCCCGCUUGGCCUGUCCUACCGGAAGGUGUCCACGCUCCAGAACCAGCGCUCACAGCGAUCCUGGCGUCUGGCCUGUGAGUCUGUCUCUUCCACCGAAGUGUCUGGGGCCUUGAAGAGCACCAGCUGCAGCAUAAACCACCCCAUCUUCCCGGAAAACUCAGAGGUCACCUUUAAUAUCACGUUUGAUGUAGACUCUAAGGCUUCCCUUGGAAACAAACUGCUCCUCAAGGCCAAUGUGACCAGUGAGAACAACAUGCCCAGAACCAACAAAACCGAAUUCCAACUGGAGCUGCCGGUGAAAUAUGCUGUCUACAUGGUGGUCACCAGCCAUGGGGUCUCCACUAAAUAUCUCAACUUCACGGCCUCAGAGAAUACCAGUCGGGUCAUGCAGCAUCAAUAUCAGGUCAGCAACCUGGGGCAGAGGAGCCUCCCCAUCAGCCUGGUGUUCUUGGUGCCCGUCCGGCUGAACCAGACUGUCAUAUGGGACCGCCCCCAGGUCACCUUCUCCGAGAACCUCUCGAGUACGUGCCACACCAAGGAGCGCUUGCCCUCUCACUCCGACUUUCUGGCUGAGCUUCGGAAGGCCCCCGUGGUGAACUGCUCCAUCGCUGUCUGCCAGAGAAUCCAGUGUGACAUCCCGUUCUUUGGCAUCCAGGAAGAAGUCAAUGCUACCCUCAAAGGCAACCUCUCGUUUGACUGGUACAUCAAGACCUCGCAUAACCACCUCCUGAUCGUGAGCACAGCUGAGAUCUUGUUUAACGAUUCCGUGUUCACCCUGCUGCCGGGACAGGGGGCGUUUGUGAGGUCCCAGACGGAGACCAAAGUGGAGCCGUUCGAGGUCCCCAACCCCCUGCCGCUCAUCGUGGGCAGCUCUGUCGGGGGACUGCUGCUCCUGGCCCUCAUCACCGCCGCGCUGUACAAGCUCGGCUUCUUCAAGCGGCAAUACAAGGACAUGAUGAGUGAAGGGGGUCCCCCGGGGGCCGAACCCCAGUAGCGGCUCCUUCCCGACAGAGCUGCCUCUCGGUGGCCAGCAGGACUCUGCCCAGACCACACGUAGCCCCCAGGCUGCUGGACACGUCGGACAGCGAAGUCUCCCCGACAGGACGCGCUUGGGCUUCCAUUUGUGUGUGUGCAAGUGUGUAUGUGCAUGUGUGUGAGUGUGUGCAAGUGUCUGUGUGCAAGUGUGUGCACAUGUGUGCGUGUGCGUGCAUGUGCACUCGCACGUCCAUGUGUGAGUGUGUGCAAGUAUGUGAGUGUGUCCAAGUGUGUGUGUGCGUGUGUCCAUGUGUGUGCAUGUGUGCGAGUGUGUGCAUGUGUGUGCUCAGGGGCGUGUGGCUCACGUGUGUGACUCAGAUGUCUCUGGCGUGUGGGUAGGUGACGGCAGCGCAGCCUCUCCGGCAGAAGGGAACUGCCUGGGCUCCCUUGUGCGUGGGUGAAGCCGCUGCUGGGUUUUCCCCCGGGAGAGGGGACGGUCAAUCCUGUGGGUGAAGACAGAGGGAAACACAGCAGCUUCUCUCCACUGAAAGAAGUGGGACUUCCCGUCGCCUGUGAGCCUGCGGCCUGCUGGAGCCUGCGCAGCUUGGAUGGAGACUCCAUGAGAAGCCGUGGGUGGAACCAGGAGCCUCCUCCACACCAGCGCUGAUGCCCAAUAAAGAUGCCCACUGAGGAAUGAUGAAGCUUCCUUUCUGGAUUCAUUUAUUAUUUCAAUGUGACUUUAAUUUUUUGGAUGGAUAAGCCUGUCUACGGUACAAAAAUCACAAGGCAUUCAAGUGUACAGUGAAAAGUCUCCCUUUCCAGAUAUUCAAGUCACCUCCUUAAAGGUAGUCAAGAUUGUGUUUUGAGGUUUCCUUCAGACAGAUUCCAGGCGAUGUGCAAGUGUAUGCACGUGUGCACACACACCACACAUACACACACACACACAAGCUUUUUUACACAAAUGGUAGCAUACUUUAUAUUGGUCUGUAUCUUGCUUUUUUUCACCAAUAUUUCUCAGACAUCGGUUCAUAUUAAGACAUAAAUUACUUUUUCAUUCUUUUAUACCGCUGCAUAGUAUUCCAUUGUGUGAGUGUACCAUAAUGUAUUUAACCAGUCUUCUUUUGAUAUACUAUUUUCAAUCUCUUGUUAUUGCAUCAAUGCUGAGUUAAUAAAUCAAAUAUAUGUCA